AUGGAGAAAAACCCUAUUUUCAGUUCUUCAUUUCCUCCCGGGAUUCGAUUUCAUCCGUCGGACGAAGAAUUAAUCGUUCAUUACUUGCUAAACAAAGUGAAAUCUAUUCCACUGCCUGCUAAUGUGAUUGCUGAUACACAGCUUUAUGACUAUGACCCUUGGGAGCUCGCCAGGAAAUCUGUGUUUGGAGAAGAUGAAUGGUACUUUUUCACUCCAAUGGAUCGGAAGUACCCGAAUGGAAGAAGGCCUAAUAGAACAGCAACUUCGGGUUAUUGGAAAGCUACUGGAAUUGAUAACCCGAUUCUCAGUUCGUAUGGAUCACGAAAAAUAGGAGUCAAGAAAGCUCUCGUUUUCUACAUCGGUCGACCACCGAAAGGUGUCAAGACGGAUUGGAUCAUGACGGAAUAUAGACUACCCGAAACGACUCCCCGACCAUUAAGGUCUAAAGGAUCCAUGAGAUUGGACGAUUGGGUACUAUGUCGAAUUCGACAAAAAGGCAACAUGUCAAAGAAUGCAAAAGAAACUGAGAAGAAUCCUAGUAACGUUCCAGAUUAUCUUCCAAUUAUCAAUGGGCUCCCUUCAGUAAGCACAGAUGUUGGUCGAGACAAGAUUUUAGAUUAUUUUUCGUCGAGUGACUAUCACCGGGUAGCUUCCUUACUCGUUGGGAACGAGCCCACAACAGAAUUUAUUCCAAAAGUCCCCUCACAAAGCAACAACAAUGGCGAAGGAAACACUGAUCAGGCACCAAAUUCUUGGUUUCAAAGUUUCUUCAAUUCAUCUUCAGGACAAACUAACGAGGAAAACAAGGAUAGAGACACAUUUAAGGGACAUCAAUCAGAAGGAGACAAGUUUAAGAUUAACUUGUCAAAUGCCAUGACCAACUGUCUGGAACUUUACAUGCCACCACUAUCAGAAACUUCUCUUCAUUAA